CCUCCCUGUCUGCCCUAGGCUGUCCUCAAACUUCACCCCUGGGCUCAAGCAAUCCUCCAACCUCAGCCUCCUGAGUAGCUGGGACUAUAGACAUGCCCUAUGCCCAGCUAGUUCUCCUUUUUAAGACCAUGUAAGCCCAGCUCGUGAGGUUAUGAAAAAAAAAGAGAAAUCGGAAGGUAGAACAAAGCAACCAUCAGAGAGUGUUUACAAAAAAUUAUUACUUCGUGCACUUGCAGAGUCAAAUCACUUACAUUUUAGAAAAAUAAACACACCGCUAAGUGCCAUCGACAAUGAGUUUUUACUAUACUCUAAACUGAAGCCAAAAUCUUGAUCUUAAUCGUUCUUUUACUUAAAGAUUUUUCAUAAUUUUAAUCUAACUCAAAUGGCCAAUUGUUCAUGUUAUUCCUAGUCUGGGACCCCUCUGUGCUUUAGUAUCUGGCUGUUCAUAGACAUUUUUCGUUCCCGUUUGGGUGACGUUUUGAACUUGAAAACUGAUGAUGACCUAUGUUUUAAAAAGUCCCAUAUUGCUAAUGUCUGAAUCAGCAGUAAAUACAUAAUUCUAAUUUAGUCCAGUUUUGUUUGUUCAUUCUACAGGUUUUCAAAUUUCCCAGUGAUUUGGUAGACUUGUUAGAACCAUUUUUAAAUACCAGCUGAGCCCUAUUGUGUUAAAGAUGACAUCUGAAACCACAAAUCAUUUCACAGUGGUAACCAGAAGGCUUGACUUUAACAAUUAACAACCUGAUAUAAGGACUUGUGUUGACAAGCAGUUUGCCAACACAUUAUGAUGUGAUGACACAUCCCUAUCACCAUCUAAAAACACUUUUCCCUGAACAAUAUUCUAUAAACGAGCAGUCUGAUUAUUUUCUUAAUGAAUUAAUGUUUAUUUUAAUCUUCAGAGGAAUUUUUAUUUAUUUCUACUUAAGAAAACUACAGAACAUAUAAUAAUAUGUUCUCAUUAACCUUUCUGUGUUUUUUCUUUUGCGCUGAUUAUGUUCUUAAAUGGAAUGAGAAACUAGUAAAAUACUAAAGUUGUUUGAUAAUAAACUUUAUUUUUAAAGUUGAAAAAUAGUGGCAUGUAUUUAUUUUCAUUUGUUAUUAAAAAUGUUUUUUUUAAUGGGGGAGGUAAUAUUGUAAUGAUCCUCAGAAAAAGGCCCUCAUUUUAGCCUUCAUUUCAUUUCCAUAGACACUAGCAUGGUAUCCUAUAUGGUUGAUGCUCAAUUAAUAUAUUCAUUAAAUUGAUAGAUAAAAAAGCUUCUUUUCUUCUAGUUUGAAGUAGUAACAUUUCUACAAAUAUGUGAAAAUCUAUAAGAACAGUUAGCCUAUUUGAUUCUUUUUCUCCACUUUCAAAUGUUUAAUAAAAUGUUAUUUGUUUUCCAGCUUCUUAAGCACUUCUUAUCUAAUGAGAUUUUAAUAUAUUAUGAAAAUUUAUUUGUAAAAACAAAUGCUUUCUAAUAAACUAACUUUUAUAAGCUUAGUCGAUGAAUCAAACUUUUUUGGAUAAUUUUUCACUUAAUCUCAAAAUUAAAUAUUAUGAUACAUGGAAGCAACUUAAAAUAAAUUAUUGCUUUGCAUUCCUGAUUGAGCAACAAUCUAAUCUUGAACUCACUGGAAACAAUCUAUUUGAAAGGGUAUAUUUGGCUGUAUUUUGUUUGGAUAAAGGCAUAUAGUAAAUUUCCCUCAAAUGAUCACAUACAUGUUGUAGGCUUUUCUGAUUUUUUCUAAGGCACUGGCUACUCUAGAUUAUAGGAUUUUACUCAUAUGUUAGGAUACCCAUUUCGUACUCACCCUAAAGCUGUAUUCAUGCUCCUUCUCUUUGUCUUGCUAUGUUCCUGACCUGAGCAGCAUUUUCUUUCUGACUCUUAGUCACUCAAAUUAACCUGCAUUUCCAAUCAUUUAUUUAAAGAAGUCCAAUAAAUCCAAAGAUCAUGGCCUAUAUUGCUCUACCCAUUUACUUCUGCAGGGGACCAAAGAUGGCACUUUGAUUUCACGGUACUGAAUGUGUGAUGUUCUGAAAGGAAUAAUAGGGUAGAGGCCCCUAGGACUAUUUUCCUGAUGGUUGGACCAAGAUUACUUCUAUUAUUCAAACUUAAAAAUUGAGAAACUUGAAAUUGGCCUACUGCAGCCCUAGUUUUCUUGGGCACUCCCUGAGAUGUAGGAACCAAACAGCUCAGCUUUUAAGAAAAUAUCUGAGAAUGGAAAGGGUGGAGGUCAUAAUUAGACAGGGACGGUGGUCCAGAACAUUGAGUUUUGAGUUAUUGGCCUAGGUUCAAAUCCUGGUAUCAUUUAUAAACUAUAUGACCGUAUACAAGUAUUUAACUUCUCAGUGUAUCAGAUUAUUCAUAUGUAAAAUGGAAAACAAGCUUUCUGACAGCACCUAUGUGGCUGUUGUAAGGAUUAAAUGAGAUAAUGCCUUUUAAACCUAGAAUGCAGUAAUCCCUGUUUGUGCUAGCCAUUACAGUUGUUCCGUUCCAGUGUAAUUCUUCUACCUCUGUCUGGAUCUGUAGGGAAUUUAUGCAGGACUCCAUAUUUGUCGAGAGGUCAUGCCAGUGUGUUUAAAUUCCAACCGUGGGGCUCAAUCCUGCGGUUGUGCUGUAGCACUUCCAAGUCAUCAAGCCUGGUUUUGGUCCAAUAUCGUGAACUUCAGGUAGACACAAGACAUCUCUCUGUAGUUAUUCUAGAGAAAAUGCAGUUUAUAAUUUACCAGGCUGUAGUAAACAUUCUAGAAGCAGUACUAAGUUUCUCUUCAUGGAAGUAAACAUGCCAUCUUGAUACACUUAUUAUUCGAAGAAGCAAAAGUAGAUACGUUCUUACAGAAGGCAAAAAAAAUUUUUUUUGCUAAGUGAAGUAAAAAAUGUACUACUCUCUGCUUCUUCCCACAGUAUUCAUAAAUAUGCUGAGGCCGUUUAUUUUGCCAGAUGGGUUUUGAGACCCUGCUGAAACAAGAGAUGCUCUCAUUUAUAUUUCCCUCAAAUUCUACCACAAACCACACUCGGGAGGGAAAAGAAAAAGUCGCCACGUAAGCAUGUUUACCUUCAAGUGACUAGGAAGUGGAAACCUAUCCAUAAGUGAUGACUCACCAUUGCAGGCCUAUAAAAGUAAAGGUAAUCUCUGCGGAAAGACAACAGUCCCCAGGCAUCACCAUUCAAGAUGCAUCCAGGGGUCCUCGCUGCCUUCCUCUUCUUGAGCUGGGCUCAUUGUCGGGCCCUGCCCCUUCCCAGUGGUGGUGAUGAAGAUGAUUUGUCUGAGGAAGACCUCCAGUUUGCAGAGCGCUACCUGAGAUCAUACUACCAUCCUACAAAUCUCGCGGGAAUCCUGAAGGAGAAUGCAGCAAGCUCCAUGACUGAGAGGCUCCGAGAAAUGCAGUCUUUUUUCGGCUUAGAGGUGACUGGCAAACUUGACGAUAACACCUUAGAUGUCAUGAAAAAGCCAAGAUGCGGGGUUCCUGAUGUGGGUGAAUACAAUGUUUUCCCUCGAACUCUUAAAUGGUCCAAAAUGAAUUUAACCUACAGAAUUGUGAAUUACACCCCUGAUAUGACUCAUUCUGAAGUUGAAAAGGCGUUCAAAAAAGCCUUCAAAGUUUGGUCCGAUGUAACUCCUCUGAAUUUUACCAGACUUCACGAUGGCAUUGCUGACAUCAUGAUCUCUUUUGGAAUUAAGGAGCAUGGCGACUUCUACCCAUUUGAUGGGCCCUCUGGCCUGCUGGCUCACGCUUUUCCUCCUGGGCCAAAUUAUGGAGGAGAUGCCCAUUUUGAUGACGAUGAAACCUGGACAAGUAGUUCCAAAGGCUACAACUUGUUUCUUGUUGCUGCGCAUGAGUUCGGCCACUCCUUAGGUCUUGACCACUCCAAGGACCCUGGAGCACUCAUGUUUCCUAUCUACACCUACACCGGCAAAAGCCACUUUAUGCUUCCUGAUGACGAUGUACAAGGGAUCCAGUCUCUCUAUGGUCCAGGAGAUGAAGACCCCAACCCUAAACAUCCAAAAACGCCAGACAAAUGUGACCCUUCCUUAUCCCUUGAUGCCAUUACCAGUCUCCGAGGAGAAACAAUGAUCUUUAAAGACAGAUUCUUCUGGCGCCUGCAUCCUCAGCAGGUUGAUGCGGAGCUGUUUUUAACGAAAUCAUUUUGGCCAGAACUUCCCAACCGUAUUGAUGCUGCAUAUGAGCACCCUUCUCAUGACCUCAUCUUCAUCUUCAGAGGUAGAAAAUUUUGGGCUCUUAAUGGUUAUGACAUUCUGGAAGGUUAUCCCAAAAAAAUAUCUGAACUGGGUCUUCCAAAAGAAGUUAAGAAGAUAAGUGCAACUGUUCACUUUGAGGAUACAGGCAAGACUCUCCUGUUCUCAGGAAACCAGGUCUGGAGAUAUGAUGAUACUAACCAUAUUAUGGAUAAAGACUAUCCGAGACUAAUAGAAGAAGAAUUCCCAGGAAUUGGUGAUAAAGUAGAUGCUGUCUACGAGAAAAAUGGUUAUAUCUAUUUUUUCAAUGGACCCAUACAGUUUGAAUACAGCAUCUGGAGUAACCGUAUUGUUCGCGUCAUGCCAGCAAAUUCCAUAUUGUGGUGUUAAGUGUCUUUUUAAAAACUGUUAUUUAAAUCCUGAAGAGCAUUUGGGGUAAUACUUCCAGAAGUGCAGGGUGGGGGAAGGAGAGCUAUCAGGAGAAAGCUUGGUUCUGUGAACAAGCUUCAGUAAGUUAUCUUUGAAUACGUAGUAUCUAUAUGACUAUGCGUGGCUGGAACCACAUUGAAGAAUGUUAGAGUAAUGAAAUGGAGGAUCUCUAAAGAGCACCUGAUUCUUGUUGCUGUACAAAAGCAAUGGUUGAUGAUACUUCCCACACCACAAAUGGGACACAUGGUCUGUCAAUGAGACCAUAAUUUAAAAAUAUAUUUAUAAGGAAAUUUUACAAGGGCAUAAAGUAAAUACAUUCAUAUAAUGAAUAAAUCAUUCUUACUAAAAAGUAUAAAAUAGUAUGAAAAUGGAACUUUGGAAGAGCCAUACAUAAAAGAAAUAAACCAAAGGAAAAUGUCUGUAAUAAAUAGACUGUAACUUCCAAAUAAAUAAUUUUCAUUUUGCACUGAGGAUAUUCAGAUGUAUGUGCCCUUCGUCACACAGACACUAACAAAAUAUCAAAGUCAUUAAAGACAGGAGACAAAAGAGCAGUGGUAAGAAUAGUAGAUGUGGCCUUUGAAUUCUGUUUAAUUUUCACUUUUGGCAAUGACUCAAAGUCUGCUCUCAUAUAAGACAAAUAUUCCUUUGCAUAUUAUAAAGGAUAAAGAAGGAUGAUGUCUUUUUAUUAAAAUAUUUCAGGUUCUUCAGAAGUCACACAUUACAAAGUUAAAAUCGUUAUCAAAAUAGUCUAAGGCCAUGGCAUCCCUUUUUCAUAAAUUAUUUGAUUAUUUAAGACUAAAAGUUGCAUUUUAACCCUAUUUUACCUAGCUAAUUAUUUAAUUGUCCAGUUUGUCUUGGAUAUAUAGGCUAUUUUCUAAAGACUUGUAUAGCAUGAAAUAAAAUAUAUCUUAUAAAGUGGAAGUACGUAUAUUAAAAGAGAGACAUCCAAAUUUUUUUUUAAAGCAGUCUACUAGAUUGUGAUCCCUUGAGAUAUGUAAGGAUGCCCUUUUUUCUCUGCACUUAAAAAAAUCCCCCAGCACUUCCCACAGUGCCUAUUGAUACUUGGGGAGGGUGCUUGGCACUUAUUGAAUAUAUGAUCGGCCAUCAAGGGAAGAACUAUUGUGCUCAGAGACACUGUUGAUAAAAACUCAGGCAAAGAAAAUGAAAUGCAUAUUUGCAAAGUGUAUUAGGAAGUGUUUAUGUUGUUUAUAAUAAAAAUAUAUUUUCAACAGACAA